AAAUUGGAGGAGGGACCAGGGAUCUGUUCAUUGGCCUAAUGCCUUUGGCUGUGUGCCAGAGGUAGGUUAUAGCACCAGAGAGGAACCUGUAUGGCAAAACGAUGUGGCGACUUCUGUACCAGUUUUAGGAAGCACCACAUGUCGUCGUUCCCUAUUUCCAGACUACAGUUUCUCAUGUAGACCCCUAGAAAUGAGAAAUGAAGCUCAAUGCCUACGGUUCUGACUUAGGCUUAGAAGUACUAUCUGGGUGGAGAGCUGGACGUCCGGCUCGGGAGCAGGCACCUUCGUUUCGCGCGCAACCAAAGAGCGAUUUAAAAAUGGGUGAUGUUGAGAAGGGCAAGAAGAUUUUUGUUCAGAAGUGUGCCCAGUGCCAUACUGUGGAAACGGGAGGCAAGCACAAGACUGGGCCAAAUCUCCAUGGUUUAUUUGGGCGAAAAACAGGUCAAGCCCCUGGGUUGUCUUACCCGGAUGCCAAUAAGAACAAAGGCAUCACCUGGGGAGAGGAGACAUUGAUGGAGUAUUUGGAGAAUCCCAAGAAGUACGUCCCUGGAACAAAAAUGAUCUUCGCUGGCAUUAAGAAGGCAGGGGAAAGAGCGGACUUGAUAGCUUAUCUCAAAAAAGCUACUAAGGAGUAAUAGUUGGCCGUUGCCUUAUUUAUUACAAAACAAAAAUGUCUCAUGACUUUUUUAAUGUGUACCAUGUUUAAAUUGAUCUCAUACACCAGAAUUCACAUCAUGAAUGGCUGAUAGAAUAUUUCUUUUGGACAGUCCUUAUUUAAAUAAGAUUGGCUUGUGGUUAAAUGAAUAUGAUUCACUUUUUGACCUCUGAUAGUAAUUCUGGUUCAGCAAGUGCUGUCACUGUUUUCCCCUUUGAAAAAUAUGAUUGGGGUUGAUUAGAUGUUGAGCUUUUCGCAGAGAUGGUAAAUGCCAUCUCUAAACUUACAGGAGAUUGGUUUUAUAUUUAGAUUUAUGUAACUGGUUAUGUUAAUAUAUUUAAAUACUGAGGAAAUCCCUUCACUGUAUCAGAACAGCAAGACUCAGCUGUGUUUCAAGUUGUGUUUGCUAGCCUGUUAAAGGCAAGGGCUGAAGAUAAGCUGGCAAUGUCCACUUUAUCUUUUUAGUCUUAAAUAUGCCAAUUUAAUUAAAAUUCCCUGCAUUUAAAAUGUUGCCUUUUGCUUAAUGAAAGGCAUUUUAGUGUGGUCUAUGUAUAAUAUUAAAUAAAGAAUAUUAGCACUUCUCACAUUUUAUAGAUGAUCUGUAAGGUCAGAUGCUUUUAAAAUUCAGUGUGAUUGGGGCGCCUGGGUGGCUCAGUUGGU